AUGGUCAAAAAUUGUGAGCAUGGCAGACUAAAGACAAUAUUGGAAGCUGGCAACUUCACGACCAUGAAUGAAGCCGUCACAAAGUAUAUACAAUGUAGUACUGAAAUGACGGGUAACGCCAACACCAUACUGUAUGCACAAAGAGGUAACUAUCGCGGUAAUAGUUACAGGAACAAUUAUCGCGGUAGGGGUAAUGGCCGAGGUAAUUACCGAAACAAUGGCUACUACCAAAACUACCAGAAUAACCAGAACAGCGGUUAUAAUCGCAACAACAAUAAUAAUAAUAAUAAUAAUUAUUAUAGAGGAAACAACCGUGGCGGAAACAACCGAAACGGAAAUAACAACGGAUCAAACCGUAACAACAAAAACAAUGUCCGAUUGGACCAAACCAACUCGGAAAACCAACAAAACCCUUCAGAUAUUUAG